UAAGCUUUAAUUUCAGGCGUUCAGAGCUUUCGAAGCUUUCAGUCAAGCUAACACCCCUGUAGCGCGCGGACGUGACUUUCUUAUUUGAAUGUGUCAGAAAAAACAAUUGUGAACCAACCGGCUAAAUAAACAGUAUGUUACCGUGCAGACUAGCGACGUGCGUGGCUGCGCUUCUCGCACUAUGCUUCGCGCGCGGCGCCGUCUCACUAGACCUGCAACGCCUGUAUGGACACCACACAAAGCGAUCUGAAUAUUGUCAUCCAUAUGAGCCGUUUAAGUGUCCCGUGGAUGGGAAUUGCAUCUCCAUACAGUACCUUUGCGAUGGUGCACCAGACUGCAUUGAUGGUUAUGAUGAAGAUUCCAAGCUUUGUACUGCAGCUAAACGACCGCCUGUAGAAGAAACCGCAUCAUUCUUGCAGUCACUAUUGGCUUCACACGGUCCCAACUACCUGGAGAAGUUGUUCGGUAACAAAGCCAGAGAUGCCCUGGAACCACUUGGUGGGGUGGAGAAAGUUGCUAUUGCUCUCUCUGAAUCACAAACCAUAGAGGACUUCGGGGCAGCCUUACAUUUGAUGAGGUCAGAUCUCGAACAUUUACGUUCAGUCUUCAUGGCGGUGGAGAACGGCGACCUGGGCAUGCUAAAGUCUCUUGGAAUCAAGGACAGCGAACUCGGAGACGUGAAAUUUUUCUUGGAGAAGCUCGUGAACACCGGUUUCCUCGAUUGAGUAGCACCGGAGUCUGCCUCUGACUACUACCAUGUCAUCCAAUUCGGUCCCAUCAGCUCCUCAUUCUAUAGUUACCUUCCCUAUGACACCAUGAAAUAUAAAAGGAAUUAAUCAUUUUCUUUCAUUCGUUCAUUUCGGUUGCGAAUCAAUCCGGCCACAGACUCGAACCGAAUUGAAUAAUUGAUUGAUUAUUUAAAAGGAAUACUCGCGUCAUCAUUUUAAUAAUAUGUGAAUUUUGUUUUAGUAUUUUUCAUAGGUGACACAUUAUCAUAUAUCUACUUGUAGUUCCGUAGAAAUUAAGUUUAAUUUUAAGUAGAUGUGUCCACGUCGCCCUCAACAACUUUUCUAAACCUUCCACCCAAAGCCAUGUCAGAGGCGACUCCUUAAAUUUAAUGUCCAUUCUAAGCGAGAUAUAAAGCUAAUAUAUAAUAAGUUUGAAUUUUAAUUUUGUUUAAAAAUCUUUAAAAAAUAUAGAAUGCAUGCGCUUUAUAUCUGGCUUUCGAAAAUCCAGAGUAGGACCAUUUUAAGCAUAUCAAUAUAAAUUAGAUGUAGUUCUAUUUAUAGUUAUUUAAAGUCUUAGUAUUUUAAAAUCAAUGUAGGUAGGUACUUAUGUUUGUGCCCUUAUAAACGAUACAUAUCAAUGAGCGGUGCUCAUAACGGUUACAUAUCAAAAUGUGAUUAUAAUAUUUAAAAUAUGGUAGUGUAACUUACUUAAUUAUUUUACAUUGUGAUGCGGGGUAGACAACGAAUAGUAACGAGAGCCAUGGUGGCUCUGCGACAAAUUGUAUCAUGGUGAAGGCUGGAUAUUUGUACCAUACGAUGCAAUUAAUAAACGAACGAAAAGAAUGGCUAGACCAUAAAUUGUAAUUCCAAAAAUGUGUUGGUUUAUACUUCUAUCAAAUAAUUUAUAGUUACUUGUCUACAAAAUAUUCUAAUAUUCUACAGAUUGAAAUGAAAUGGUAGCGCCCAAAUUAUUACAUGAUUUAAAGGCAAUUCUAGUCGUUCUUAGCAAUAUAAAUUCCACAGAUCAAAUAAUAGUCACAUCAAAAGAAACAUAUUCCAUAAGUUCUUAUUAAAUACAAUCAUACUUCUACACAACCGCAUAGCGCGUGAUUCGUAUGGUUUAAAAUUAAUCAAUUUAUUUUAAUUAUUAUAUUUAGAUCUAUGUAAGUUGUAGCUUCUAAAUUUUAACUUGCGUCAGAUGAAUUUCUAGUCAUUAUAUUCGUCUCCAAUAUAUUAGUAUUAAAAUAGUUAUGUGUUUCGAUCUAUGUAUAUGGCUUAUUCUUAAACGAGUCAAUA